ACUGGAUUGUAGUGUACGCACGUCCUGAGCUCUUGCGGGAGCGGUGUGCGCUCGCAUUGACACGAGGUGUCACCUCUAGAAGAUCAUCUCAACUGAACGUCUGCAGCUGUCUGCGACUCAUGAAGACCUUUUCUUAUCCUAGGCCCGAGCAUUCGGCUCAACGACGAUGCCCUCGUCCUCUCAGAGACUUGCUCCCUCUCGAACCUUUACCCGAGUUACCGGCCCCUCCACCGCUGUCUUCGCCUCCGCGGACAUUCUCCGAUCCGUCCUACAUACUGACGACACAUCUAGUGCCCGUUGCUUUACCUCGAUCCACUCCAGAGGUUCCUCAACCAGAUACCCCGGCACGCGGGCCAGUGGCAAAUGCCGCUGCCAUUUCUCUUGCCAGGGAGAUGAUUGCCCUAAGGGAUAGAUACUGGGACGGCAAGCUGGAUCUACCUAACAGCACGAAGCCUCUGUGGGCUUGCGUGAACCGCUAUGUCAGACGGGAUCUGAACGACGCGGACGGCAGCAAGGGUAUCACGCUUGUGCUCACGCAUGCGAACGGAUACCACAAGGAGAUCUGGGAGCCUACUAUUCUCCAUAUGAUCCAUGCGCAGAGGAACUCGUCAUCCGAUAUCAGGGUAGACGAGAUAUGGUCCUGGGAGCCAUGGAAUCAUGGCGACGCGGCCCUGAUCAAUGGAAGGGACGCCACAUGCUUGUUCGAUGGCAGGGAUAACGCCCGUGACAUUCUGCAAUUCAUUCUAUACUACCUACCGUCGCAACCAUCGUCCGCAGCGUUGCCAGUCCACCUCGAGCGACUACCGGAAAGCGUGGCCGCGAGCCGCAGAUCGCGUGGAUUCGAGGGCCGCCAGUUGGUUGGCGUAGGCCACUCACUCGGAGGAUGCUCAAUUGCACGUCUCGCAAUCGCAGAGCCGACUGUAUUCUCAUCGUUGAUCCUUGUAGAGGCAGGUAUUGUGGCCUACCCAGGCUCGGGACCUCUGGUCGACAAAAGGACAGUCCCUUAUCUUGUUUACGCUAUAAAACGCGAGAGUUGGUGGCCUUCUCGUGAGGAGGCACGUAGGGCCCUCUCGGCCUCUCCUUUCUUCUCUACGUGGGACACGGAUGCAUUAUCCAUCUACGUAGAAUGCGGAUUGUGUGAUGAUCUAAACGGGAGGAUCACGCUGAAGAUGCCCGGUACUCAGGAGGCCAUGACCUACACGGACAUGCUGACAAUGUACGAAGCAUGGGACAUGAUAGAUACGCUCGAUGAGGGAGUCGAGAUCAGGUGGAUUCUCGCCGGGAAAAUCGGUAAAGGAGAGGAAUGGUUUAGGGAAACUACAUCCUGGCGACGACCGAUGAAUUGCUCCAAUGUCGUGUUCACUGAAGCAGGCCAUCUGAUUGUGAUGGAAGCACCUGAGGACUUAGGCAAAGAACUCUUCGCUUUUGUAGAGCGCAAGUACAGUUCGCUGCAAUCAAAACUUUGAUGUAUGUGAGAACUAUAUACCCGUAAUGAUGACAUCGUGUGGGACAA